GAGUAGAACUUUUUAUAUAAACAUGAACAUUUUUAGACCCUCCCUCUAUGGAGUCUGAUUGGCAAUCUUGAGCAACAAUCCCCAAGAAUCGCACUCUGAUUGGUAUUUCGGGCUGCCUGUCAGAACAGUGGCUGUCAGGGUCCUGAGGUAUUAUGAAAUGAAACCAAAACUGACUGUCUGAUUUGAAGAAUAAAACAAACAAAAAAUAUAAACCAAAAGGAUAUUUUGUCUCGGUGGAAUUACCAGACAUACCAGUUCUCGUAAAUACCCAUGAAGUAAGGGGUUUGAAAACAAACGUUUGGAAAUAGAAAGGACACGGGCUGGGCGACAGACGAGUACUGUACUGGGUGUGCAAGUUGACAGGAAUGGAGGUUCGGCGCGGGUGAAAGGAGUCAAUUGUCUUGACAGUAGGAACAAAGGUGAACUGAUUGGAAAGUGGGUUGCAUCAGUACCUGAAGAGUCUUUUCUGACACCUGAUGCAGAAGGAUAGAGUAAAAUGGCCCACUUUGACACUGAGUACCAGCGGCUGGAGGCAUCUGACAAUGACUCUCCACCAGGGGGAGAUGACAUGCUGGUCCAUGUCCCGGAAGGUGCCAAGUCUCAAUGGCAUCACAUAGAAAACCUGGACCUCUUCUUCCAAAGAGUCUAUAACCUGCACCAGAAAAAUGGCUUCACCUGCAUGCUUCUGGGGGAGAUCUUUGAGCUUGUGCAAUUGGUGUUUGUGGUAGCCUUUACUGUGUUCCUGGCGAACUGCGUUGACUAUGACAUUCUUUUUGCCAACAAGUUGGUGAACCACACCCAGCGUGGACACGAAACAAUGAAAGUGACUCUUCCAGAUGCAUUCCUUCCGGCUGACGUCUGCAGUGCCAGAAUCCGUGACAAUGUCUUUGUCAUUUUCAUCAUGAUAAUAGCUGGAGUGUUCUGGUUGCAUCGCUUUAUCAAAUUCAUCUAUAACAUUUGCUGCUAUUGGGAGAUCCGCUCCUUUUACAUUAAUGCACUGAGGAUACCCAUGGCUGACCUGCCCUACUUCACAUGGCAAGAGGUGCAGACGAGGAUCAUCGAGAUCCAGAAGGAGCACCAGAUGUGCAUCCACAAGAAGGAGCUGAGCGAGCUGGACAUCUACCACCGCAUCCUGCGCUUCAAGAAUUACAUGGUGGCCAUGGUCAACAAGUCCCUGCUGCCCAUCCGCUACCACCACCCCCUGCUGGGUAAUGCAGUCUUUUACACCCGGGGGCUCAAGUACAACUUUGAGCUCAUCUUCUUCUGGGGGCCGGGCUCCCUCUUCGAGAACGAGUGGAGCUUGAAGCCCGAGUACAAGCGGGGCGGCAACCGGCUGGAGCUGGCGGGCAGGCUCAGCACUCGCAUUCUGUGGAUCGGGGUGGCCAACCUGCUGCUGUGCCCCAUCAUCCUGAUCUGGCAGAUCCUCUAUGCCUUCUUCAGCUACACCGAGGUGAUCAAGCGGGAGCCCGGCAGCCUGGGCGCGCGCUGCUGGUCGCUGUACGGCCGCUGCUACCUGCGCCACUUCAACGAGCUGGACCACGAGCUCAUGUCACGCCUCAGCAAGGGCUACAAGGCCUCCUCCAAGUACAUGAACUGCUUCAUGUCCCCGCUGCUGACCGUGGUGGCCAAGAACGUGGCCUUCUUCGCGGGAUCCAUCCUGGCGGUGCUUAUCUCCCUGACCAUAUAUGAUGAGGACGUGCUGGCUGUGGAGCAUGUGCUGACCACUAUCACCCUACUGGGGGUCUGCGUCACCGUCUGCAGGUCUUUUAUCCCAGACAAGCAUAUGGUGUUUUGCCCAGAGCAACUGCUGAAGGUGAUCCUGGCCCAUAUCCACUACAUGCCAGACCACUGGCAGGGGAACGCUCACCGCUACGAGACUCGGGACGAGUUCUCACAGCUCUUCCAGUACAAAGCAGUGUUCAUCCUGGAGGAGCUGCUGAGCCCAGUGAUCACUCCCUUCAUCCUCAUCUUCUGUCUGCGCCACAAAGCCCUGGAGAUCAUUGACUUCUUCCGCAAUUUUACUGUGGAAGUGGUGGGUGCUGGGGACACCUGCUCCUUCGCACAGAUGGACGUCCGGCAGCAUGGCCACCCCGCGUGGAUGUCAGCUGGGAAGACAGAGGCCUCGAUUUACCAGCAGGCGGAGGAUGGGAAGACAGAGCUGUCUCUGAUGCACUUCGCCAUCACCAACCCACGCUGGCAGCCUCCCCGCGAGAGCACACACUUCAUCAGUCAGCUCAAGGGAAAGGUGCAGCGUGAGGCCACCAGCAGGCAGCAGGGGGCGCUGCCAGAGAACCACCUCUUCACAUCCAUCCAGUCCAUCCAGUCGGAAUCAGAGCCCCACAGUCUGAUUGCUAACCUCCUGGUGGGGCCGCCCUCGAUGGGCUCGUUCCAGUUCGGUCGGGAGGGCCACGCGGCUCCUCACAUCUCCAGCGCCGGCGGCAGUGACGUGGCCUCAGCCCUGCGCUCCCUCUCUCCACUCAGCACCAGCCAGCACCUCCGCGGGAGCUACACCUCCACUCACCCGCCCCGCAGUGACGGCACAGAGCUGACAGGGGCCAGGUGCAUGGCGGGCUCUGGCACUGAUGCCCGAACAGCCAGCUCUGGCAGCAGUGCGUGGGAAGGGCAGCUGUCCAGCAUGGUGCUAUCAGAGUACGCCUCCACUGAGAUGAGCAUCCACGCACUCUACAUGCAUGAGCUCCACAAGCAGCAUUCCCAGACGGAGCCAGUCAGGCACACGUGGCACCGGCAGGAGAGUGACGAUAGCAGCGAGAGUGCCCCCGAGGAGAGCGAGGUCCCCCACGGCCUGCCCCGCUCUGCCACCUUCCCCUCUGCCUCCACAAGACAGCACCCCUACCAGGAGCAGGCUGCGCUACACAGCUCCGGGCAGCGCCGACACGGGGGCACCACAGUGAGUGGGGGUCCACGGGCCGCACCCAGGUUCUCACGCCUCCCCAUGGGCGGCUGGGCAGAGGAGGUGCAGGUGAUGCGACACCACGAAACUGUGCCUGAGGAAGGCACUGAAGAGGAACUCCCCCCGCAGAUCCACAAGGAACCACACCUCUGAUCUUGAUGAAACUUGUUGACGUAAUGGACACGGACAGCCUUUCUCCAAGGAAGCUGCUGUUAGAUAUCAACACUCUUGAGCCCUCCUGCAUCAUAUAAAAACAUUUGCCCAUCUUACAACUCACAUAACCAAGGAACUGUAUAGAGGUUGGGGUAAAUACCCAGGAGCUCCAACUUGUGUUUUUUUUUUUUUUUUUUUUUUUAAUUUGCUAAAAGGUGGAGCUGAAAACUUAGCCUUUUCCCAAAACAGGAGGCUGUGUGGUCCAGUGGUUAAAGAAAGGGGCUUGUAACCAGGAGGUCCCCGGUUCAAAUCCCACCUCAGCCACUGACUCAUUGUGUGACCCUGAGCAAGUCACUUAACCUCCUUGUGCUCUGUCUUUCGGGUGAGACGUAAUUGUAAGUGACUCUGCAGCUGAUGCAUAGUUCACACACCCUAGUCUCUGUAAGUCGCCUUGGAUAAAGGCGUCUGCUAAAUAAACUAAUAAUAAUAAUAUGUAAUGAGAUUAAUCUAUAAGAAUUGGCCCCUCCCCCUUGUUGUCCAUUAAUGAGAUGCACAUUUUUCUGCCAGUGGCACCCCCAGCCAAUGGAAUGGAUGGAAUCACAGUACUGGUACUUGAAAGUGAGGUGGGUUUUGUUGGUAGUUGAGUAUUCUGGCCAGAGGGUCCUCUACUUGGUUGUGUUUAGUGAGGGCAUGAGUCUGGUUUGAGUCGUGAAUGCUAAAGGAAUGAUCACAGCCAUGAAAGAGUAGGUCAAAUAACCAAUAUCAUAGGAAAAAUUAAAUUUUCAAUGAUUUUCUUUUCUUUCAAUUUCUUUUCUUUUCUAGAAACAGGCUGAAUUUAGUAAUGCGAGACCUGGUUUAUUAAACUGGUCUCCUGAUACAAUCAUUAAGAAAGAUAGAAACACUUCAAAAAGACUAGUAAAAUGUGUUACUUUUCUUUAUAAAAUGUUUUUACAAUGAGUUUAAACUGACUCUGAUGAAACUGUGCCAGUGGUUAACAUUAACUGAGGUUAUUUUGGGAGGCAUGUGAGUUUGUUCCGUUAUGCAAUUUCUUUUUUUUUUUUUAACUGAAUACAUAAUAUAUUGUUGAUUUGAGAUUAAGUUUUACAUUUAUUUAUUUUCACAGACUAUCUUACUUAAGGUAACAUAAGUAGUCCAAGAUUAGUGCUAACCUAGAAAACAUAUAAUUGUUAACAUUUUUAAGCAUACCUUACUGUGCCCAAUAACUUCACAUGAGCAGUGACGUGGUUUAUUUUUCCUGUAGUUACUCCCAAGAUUACGCUUUGGCUGGCUAGUUGUCAUGUCCAGUGUGUGUGCUUCUAGGCAUGUGAAACUAUGACUAAUGCUGUGGGGUCUUGUGCAGCUCCUGAGCUCUUGUGAGCUCAUCUCAUCUGACUAGGAGGAGAUGUGUUUUGACUCGUUGUUUGUGUGUAUGAAGGUUGUUGAACAUGUACUGUAUAUUUCUGUGUGCAAGAAUUUGCAUCAUGUAGCAUAAGCUCACAAAUGAAUGGCUGUAUCUAGCAACCAUAUAACAGAUAUAAAGUGUGUAUUAUACAUGUAUAGCAAUUGUUAAUAAAAAUGUUUAGCUCCCACAA